UUAAAAACACGUUUUUUGCACUUGCGGUUUUAUUCUUGGAGUUUCCAGCUUACGAGUUGCCAUAGCAACACUUCCCAAACAGACAUAGGCGAUAGAGAGCUGCUAUUUUUUUCAGUGUUCAUCAUUACGUAACGUAACAAUUUCUGUCAGUAACCUUUACUAAAGAAGAAGUUAAUAAGGAUCCAGAAGACGCGUCUGAACCUUCUCUGAUGUCCCAAAGUGAAGAGGCUAAGAACAGAGCCUCCAUGCAAAAGGCGGAAGAAGACCCCAGGGUGGAGGUCACUGAGGGGCUCAAGGAGGCAUCCUUUGAGAGCCAGCCUCAGGUGGAGCAGGUAGAGAAGAGUGAAAAGCAGACCGCUUCUCAGAGGAUAAUUAGCCUGCAGAGAAAUCUGAUAUUUGUGACCAACAUCCAAACUGCAGUGGAUGGAAAAGAGUCGAAGCGAAGGACAGAGUUGGAAGAAGCUCGCAGAAUAAGGUUAGAGCUGCUAGAGAAGAAUGAAAAGUUCAGCCAGGAAACAUUUGAGGAGGUCAACAGAGGGUGGUUGAUGGCUAAGGAGAAGGUGAUUCCUCAAGAACUGCAGGAAGUGCUCAACAGCCAGCAGCAGCUGUGUUCCCUUCUCUUAGGAGAGAAGAAAAAACUCAGCAAUGACCUUCAACAAGAGCUGAAGGCUGGAGAUGAUCGCUAUGUGAAGGAUUUGAGGAGACAGGCAGAAGAGCUGGACCUGAUGAUGGAAAGGAUGGAUGACCAGCUCAAAACCCUGACAAAGACCUACAGGGAGGAGGUGACCCAGAUCGAGCAAAUUUGUCUGCAUGAAUGUGAAGACUUACUUGCAAGAGACAAGACUGAAUGGGAACAACGCAUGCAGGAACUUAUGGACAAAGAGCUAGAGAGGCUGACACAAAGGAAGAAGACAGUGAACGAGUAUGAAGCUACAAUUCACAAUCUGAUGUUGGAGACUAUCGAGCACCUCAGAAUCUGUGAAAUGGAACAGAAUGCAAAGUUUCAGGCACUGGAGAGAGAGCGCCAGUGGGUAAAGGCUGACAACAUGAUCGUGAACCUAAAAAGGAUAAGGCAAAACCACGAGAUGGCUGUACACAAGUGCAGCCUGUAUAAAAUGAAUAAGAGGCUGAUCAGAUUGAACGAUGAGGUGAAACACCUGGAGGAUAAGAGUUCCAGUCAGGGGAAACAGUUAACAAAGAAAAGCCACCAUUUGUCCAAGCACUACAAAUGAAGCAUCCACCAAAAACCCCUGGCAAAAUUAUUAAAGUGGUGAGGAAUGAACAAGAGACUCAUUUGUCUUUCUUUGGUUUAUUAAGCAUGCAGUUAUUUCUCUUUCAGCCAUUCUUUGUCUUUAAAUGACAAAGAAUAAAAAGAUACAAUCUUUAUAGGUAGAGCAAACAGGCAACAGGGUGUGGAGACAAACCCGUCUGGCUGAGGGUGAUAAUUAUCUGCAAGAUACGGCGUCUGUUUAGGUGGUUAAACAGAAUAUGUUACGCCCUGGUUGCGGAAAUUCAAGAUUGCACUUUCUAUUGAGGACUCUGACCUUUAUUUCUUAAUGCACCACAAGUGUUGUCAUCUCACCCCACUGAUGUACAAAAGUCACAAUAAAA